AUCAUUUAAUUUCAUUGAAAAAUUUUUAAUUCAGGAAUAGUAGCUAAAUUUUAAUACAAUAAUUUAAUUGGUUUCAAUCAAUAGAAAAUCCUAAAUUCUUAAAUCGAAGCUACAUUUCAGCUUUAAUAUGUUUUCUCAUCCUCAAUAUGGAACACGGGGUAGAAUACAAGAUAGAGAAACUGAAUUGGACAUGGCUGGUUUUCUUGAAGAUAUCGGCGUCGGAGAAUUACCAAGUUUCGAUUCUGAUCCUGGUGAUAUGUUGGAAUCAACUGCUCUUGGUAGUCAUGUACGACAAUCACCAAGAAGAUCACCGGAUUCUAAAAUACCUAGAUCUCCAAUAAGAGCCGGAUUUCUUGAUGAAAGUUUCCAUGAAUUAAUGGAUGAUAUGGGUAUCGAUGAACUUCCAAGUUUUGAAUCAGAAACUGGUACUAGGCAACCAACAGCAUCCGCACGCGUUCCACGUCCUAAAGCAGGACCAACUAUGAGAAGAACAGAACUGGAUAUGGACGAUUUUCUAGAUGAAAUCGGUGUUGGUGAUCUUCCAAGUUUCGACUCUGAUACUAGCGGUAGAAGAUUAGAUUCAAGAGCUCCCGGUAUGGGUGCUCAACGAACAAGGGCUCCCGUUUUUCAAACUCCGACAACUUCGCGAAGAAUUCCCAUGGAUGCAUUUUUAGAAUCUCCGACGGGAGCCGAAAUUGAAUAUGCUGCCAUGCAACCAAGACGUUGGGAAGAUUGGCCAGAAAAACUUAAAGAAACCGAAGAAUUUCUUAGCGAAACAGCGGAAAUGCUUGAAAGGUAUCAAACAGAGUAUGAUCAGUGGCUAGCACAGCGAUCACCUCAAGUCUCUCCGAGAACUACUCCACAAAGACAUCAGAUUCCUCAUGAUCAACAGGAUAUUGAAACAUUACUCAGAGAAACGAAAGAGAUGCUUGAACGUUAUGAUGACGAACGUGGUGUGCCCCGAACGCAAAUCUCUCCAAGGACUCAAAUGCUAGCAAAGAUGUACCCAUCUCUAGAUCCUCGGAAAAGCCCUUCAGCUAGACCGGAAAUACUUCCCUAUCCAGAACUUCCAGUGAGACCUGCUUCCCCAAGAAGACCUCCCUCUCCAACACCUCCAAUGAGACCUGCUUCCCCAAGAAGACCUCCCUCUCGAACAGCCCCAGUGAGACCUGCUUCUCCAGGAAGAACUCACACUCGAACACCUUCAACGAAAUCUCCAAGAAUACCACAAGUUUCUUCUCCGAAAAAACGAGUGGUUGGUCCUUCCCCUAGGACGCCAAUAACUUCAACUCCUUAUUCACGACCACCAAGACAACCUGUAAGAACAGUACAUCAGCCAUAUGAACCGGAGCCCGGAGAUCUGAUUGAUCUCUAUCCCAGAGCUUAUGCUGAUUAUUAUGACUUUGUAAGUGGGCAGACAAGACAAUCCGAUGAUGACUUGAUCUUUUUUCCCGAACAUGAUUGGACCGCAUCAGAAAUGGAAACCGAAAAGGCUGUUAAAUUACAGGAAUAUGAGGAAAUGAGAAGAAUACUUCAGCAUGUUCUCCGAAUCAUUCACCCAGAAGUACAUUACAGCAAUAUAGAGCCACCUCUUGUUCUUCUGAAAGCUUUGGUUAGAAGAAUUCAAGAAAUGAUCGAUAGUGGCAAUUUGCUCCAAGAUCUGACAACUAAAAAACAAGCGAAAACUGCCCAGAUGAACAACUUGAGAAAACAAAUUCAACUUAUGGAGUCAAAUCUGCAGGAAGCAUCUCGUUAUUUACGCGACAUCACAGACCUUUGGAACCAAAAGAAGGGAGAAUAUCGCAACCGUGUUCAUCAACUUGAACAACAGCAAGGUCGUUGAUGUACAACCCUCCAAAGAGCAGAUCCUUAAAAACAAUCUCUCAAGAUUAGAACUCACUCAGAAAGAAAGAAAAAGAAGAAAGAAAACAUAAGAUAAUCAAGACAAUCUAUCUAAAGGAAAAAAACUCGAUUUCUUUUUUUCGGUACUUACUCAAUUUUGAUAAAGUAAUCAGUCUCUAAUUUAAACAAAAAAUUGUUGGCUUUUAUUUUCCUAUUAGUUGCCCCCUCCAAUAA